AUGAGAAACUCUGUGAGUAUCGCGCGGACACCCCUCAGUAUAGCUCAAUGGGUCGCCGAGAUACACAAACCAUUACACCACGGCGGUGUACUUAUCGGAAAAAGUUCUCUGUUGGAGGUUACAUCCAUCUGUCAGUUUAUUGCGAGAGACCAAUACGCCUUUCAGUUUAAUCUACCGCUUCAGCAACUUUCGAAAAAUUCCAAACAAACGUUAACGGAAGCAGAAAUUUUACAGCUGCGUGGCCAUGAUGGUUUCAGUCUACUGGAGAUCGCCGUCGAACGCUUCAAUCCAACCGUCGCUACGGUGGCAAAAACUCUGAAUGAUUUGGAGUUGGACAACGCCCUUUCCAUCCUAAUUCCUUUUGGUUUCGGCAACGUGGCAGUACCUCAGCCCUCUUACUUACUUCUGGUGACACGACAGCUAGGCAUCGGAAGGGUUCUACAACCGAAUGAAGAUGAGAACAACCCAUUAGUUAUCGUACACCCAUCUCUCCAGAUAACGUAUACUGUCGCUGUUCCCUUCACGGUUAGGCUUUACCAGAUAAACCCAAGUAUAGAUUCGCUAGAUAUACAAUGUUACUGA